UUUCGGACCGCGCGUCUCGUUUCCGACGCGCCCCGGCGGCCCUCCCGUGACGACGAAUUGUCACGUGACACCUGCUUGACCAAUAGGUAGGCGACCCCACAACGCGUCGUCCUCCCGCAAAAGCCUGGACGUGCGCCAUCUUGCUCCCGAGGAGAGGUCGAAGGGCUCUCGUUUUUCGGACCGCCGGCGUGCUGCUGCAGACGCUUCAUCGCGAAGGAUCGGUGUUCGUCAUCGCCGCGAUCAGGGAUGGAGAACAACGGCAACGCCAACAACGGCGCACAGCAGGCCGCGGUGCAAGUCGAAGUCGCCGGAGUCGUGCGCCCCUUUGAUCCUGCGUCGCACGACUUGGACCCCAGCUUCAGGCUGACGCGGUUCGCCGACCUGAAAGGAUGAGGGUGUAAAGUCCCCCAGGAUUCGCUAACUAAACUCCUGGAGGGACUCUUACAACUCGGCGACGGAGAUGGACCGUGCCAUCAGCGCCAGUAUUUUCAAGUCCAGGGAAUGCCACGUUCGGGCUCGGGCAUCGAGUGCAGUUUGACUCCACUGCGUCAUGGUGGGCUGUCGUUGGUCCAAAGCGUCGACUACUUGUAUCCGCUGGUCGAAGACCCCUAUGUCAUGGGCAAAAUUGUAUGUGCCAGCGUCCUGAGUGGUCUUUAUGCACACGGUGUGACUGAGUGUGACAAUGUGCUGUUAGUGUUGGGUGUGAGCAGCAAGCUGACGGACAAAGAGCGUGAUGUGGUGUUGCCCCUGUUGGUGCGUGGAUUUCGAGAUGCGGCCUCUCUGGCGGGUACCAGUGUGACUGGUGGACAGACGGCUCUCAACCCCUGGCUCAUCAUUGGCGGAUGUGCAACGAGCUGCUGCCAUCCAGCGGAGUUCAUAUCAGCGGACAAUGCAGUGGUGGGUGACGUGCUGGUGCUGACCAAGCCCCUGGGUGUCCAGGUGGCAGUGAGCGCCCUCCAGUGGCUGGAACAGCCGGAGAGGUGGAACCGGGUGCGCCUGGUCGUCGCCGAGGAGGACGUCCACAAGGCCUGCCACCGUGCCCGAGACUCCAUGGCACGACUAAACCGCACAGCUGCGCUUCUGAUGCACAAGUACAAUGCUCAUGGUGCCACGGAUGUGCGGAGCGGGGGUCUCCUGGGUCAUGCACAGCUCUUGGCACGGGUGCAGAAGAACGACGUCUCCUUUGUUAUUCACAACCUGCCUGUGCUGGCCAAGAUGGCUGCUGUGGCAAAGGCUUGUGGCUCCACCUUCCAGCUGCUGCAGGGCUUCUGUCCCGAGACAUCUGGCGGUCUCCUGAUCUGUCUUCCAAGAGAACAGGCGGCAGCCUACUGCAAGGACAUCGAGAAACAGGAAGGCUAUCAGGCCUGGAUCAUCGGCAUCGUGGAGAAAGGCUGUCGAACAGCACGUAUCAUAGACAAGCCACGUGUUAUUGAGGUUCCCUCCAAGGACAGAGAGGGCGAACUUUGGUAGCAGCAGCGACGUACGUGCCCCAUCUGUGACUGUCUCACGCGCACCUGGUUAUUUAUGCCCAGUUCUUUCCGAGUGUCGUAGGCCUGCAGUGGCUGUGCUUCUCUGCAUCCCUGUGGUCUCACUUCCUUUGCUGGGCAAACCCAGCAUUGACCUGGGCACUGAUGGGACAACUUCUGGAGUGCAGUGCAACAAAGAACGGUGUGCAGGAGCUCAUUCUCUGCACCUUUUGUUGAUCUAUUUUAGGCAACUUGAAGAAACUUGCUAUCUUGCUUUCUUCAGAUACUGUGUCUUUCAUUGCAGUGGAGCUGUGCAUUUCUAACAUUUACAAUGUGCCAACAUGGUGGGGUCGAACUAGCAGCCAAAAUGGGUCUUAGAUGCUCAAUUCUAACACGCUUUUCUCGUCAUCUUAAAACACACUGCCAAAUCAGUCUGCAGCAUUUUCCCGACACGUCCUCGACCCUACCCUUUCUUCUUGUUGCAAAACUAAUAAUUUUUGCUCACUUGAUUUAUCACAAGUUCUUUACGCACUGAAUCACGAAACUUUGAUUUGGUGUAUUCAAAUAGAAUUUGCUUUUUGCUGAAAUCAAAUUAAAGGCACAUUGACUUGCACAUUCUUAGAAAGAAAAAAAAAAUCUGUUGAUUUCAAAUGUUCUUCAAAGUAGUUUGCGUCAUUUAAUAUGUUACAUUCAUUGCACUACUUUCAGCAAUGUAAAAGGCAUCGCUAGCACUGAGCUCUGCACAUGCUCUAGUCUAUUACAGGCACAGCAGGGAGGGAGGGGGGGAGGGCAAUAAAUCCGCGCACCUACUAAGACUACUGAGCAGCCCCCAGGCAAGAAGGUCUUCCACUUUGCCUAGCUGCUGCUUGGCAACCACAGUUUAAGGUACCUGUUUGCAUAGAAUUUCCUACAAAAAUCACCAGGGGCACAUCUGGCGCUAGUAGUCGUCUACAGUAGCUGUAAAGAUGGUGGUUCAUCCAUCAUGGGAAUGAUGCGUUGGAUGCAUGGAUUUGUCUUAACUUCACCCUUGUGGCUUCAGACAACCUUGUGACUUGCAAAUUGAUCGUUUUCAAUGAAAUAAAGUCUAAGCUCGGAGAUAAUGAGCACAGUUCUAACAAAGUAAGUAUAAAUUGCUUAUUGCCGAUAACUAUGCCUACCAAAUAUAUGCUUAUAACGUACGUAUAUUGGAUGUCAUAUAAGGAAAAUAUUUUCGUUUCAGAUGCCACAGUUUACAUUGAAGCUGUAUAUGACUAGGAUCCCGGGAUUUCACUGUUGACAGGAAACUCAGGCAAUCACAGCGAAAAGUGUGCCCCGCUGGGUUCCUUGUAGCACCAACAGAUGGCGCUCGCACCCACGGUGGCGCCGGCCGUGUGGGGUAAAGAAAAAAAAAACGGAAAGCUCGCCUUCGCGCAUUGCGUUUGACGCAAGUGUUCCCAGUAAAGAUUAUGGUUGCGUAAGCUGCAUUUGCCGGGAAGCGCCAACUGUAGCAUACGAAGCAGGGAGUGACGUCACUACACUUUCAUAUGUAAAAGAAGAACCCGCUUAGCAACUGAUUUCAUUUGAUAGCGCUAUGGAAAGGCCGUGCAUAGUUGGGGCUCCCGAAUAGCAGCGUGAGCACGAUGAGCGGCGACGGUAACAGCAACGUCAGUAUGCACAAUGGCGUCAUGCUCAGGCUUGGCAGGACGCAGCUGUUCCUGCCCAAAGCAAGCCAAGUAUAGUUGGGAUGCCUGAAGAGCAGGGCGAAUAUGAUGAGCGAUGAAGCGAAUAGCAACGUCAAUAUGCUCAAUGGCAUCGUCCUCGGGCUAGGCAGGACCCAGUUCGAGGCUACGUCACAUUGGUCUAUCAGAUCAGGUGAUAGCACGGCUUCGCUAGCCAACCACCUUCACAGUGCGGAUUGGAGCCCAUUUUUUUUUUAUCACAAGGUUCUUAUAAAGGCAAGAUUUGUAGGGAUUGUGCGCGUGCGUGGAAACUUAUUGCCUCCAUAUGUUUUAUGAACGGUGGUCGAAUAAGGGAUUUCUCGGGCUGGAGCCAGCUAGACUAGGGGAAUUGUCUUCAUCAAGGUGACAAGUCCCUUUGUUCACCUUGUUCGACUGCCAUUGACAACAGUGAAUCCUUACAUCAUCCUUUGAAUUUCUGUCUCAUUUGGGCUUCAUGCCUCUAGAUGUAUAAUUGCUUGCAAUUUAGAAAGGCAUAAGAAAUUAUUCCUCAAGAACGUCUGAAGCCACAAGCGUGAUGACUAGACUGAUCCGUGCACUAACCAUAAUUCGCAUGGUGGCUAGAUGAUAGCGCCAGAUUUAGCUCUAGCAGUUUUAGUAGGAAACUCUGUGCCUGUUUGUUGCAGUGAAGUCACUAUGACGCGCGCUGCCACUGCCCAAUUCCUUGUUUCCAGGUCCCGCUGCUAUGGCGGUGCGGGCAGUGUUUUGUCAUGUCUUUUUAUGUCCAAGAAAAUGGGUUUUUGACUUCCAAAGGUGUGUGUGUGUGUGUGUGUGUGUGUGUGUGUGUGUGUGUGUGUGUGUGUAUGGAUGCAUGUGGUGUGGUUGCCUUGAUUUCGCAUUGCAUUCAGAAUUUGGUGGGUGAUUUUGCCUUUGGUCAUGUUCUCGAACAGUUUUUUUUUUUUUUUUUUUUGGUCUGCGUGUUUCUGUGGUAGUUGCUAAUGUUUUCCCGUGUGUUUGUGUUAGCUCUUCUUUUAAUUGCGCUUUGUGGCUGGAAUGGUUGGAGCGCCCAUCACUGGACAACCUAUUGUGUUUGCUGAUAGGCCUUGCUGUUUUGGGGUCUGUUGGAGCCACACUGUCGCAUUUGUCGAUUGCAGAAGUCACUCUUGUAUUUUUGAAGAUGGACAAUAAAUUCUGCUUUGAUGAAA